AUGUUUCCGACAGUGCGAGUAUCGUUUGCGGGGUGUCGAGCAGAGGCGCGCUAUGCCGUGCUGCUGGAUGUGGUACCAGUGGAUGGCAAGCGCUACCGUUACGCGUACCACCGCAGUUCGUGGCUGGUGGCCGGCAAGGCUGACCCACCAGCACCAGCUCGCCUUUAUCCGCAUCCAGACUCGCCCUUUUCCGGUGAUCAGCUGCGCAAGCAAGUCGUCUCUUUCGAGAAGGUCAAGCUAACUAACAAUGAGAUGGACAAGAACGGACAGUUGGUCCUGAACUCAAUGCACAAGUACCAACCCCGCAUACAUUUAGUGUUGAGACGAGAAGGUGCUAUCAGCGCACCUAUCACAGACCUUGAACAAGAGGAGUUCAAAACGUUUAUUUUCCCCGAGUGUGUCUUCACAGCUGUUACCGCCUAUCAGAAUCAACUCAUCACGAAACUGAAAAUCGACAGUAAUCCCUUCGCAAAGGGAUUCCGUGACUCUUCGCGCCUAACCGAAUUUGAAAGAUACUAUAUCACGGGGGAGCACGAAAGAACUUCAGUCUUCCCUGAUGACGCGCGCUUCAGCGCCGCCAGUCAUAGGGAGACCAUGGAGUCAAUGCUUGCAGAGCAGCAUUUUCUGCGAUCGCCACUACGGCCCUUUGACUUAGACCAGCACAACAACAAUCUAACGCUGGAGGAAAAGGCAAUAUUGGCGGCGCGGUCACAACUGUUCCUGCGUGCGGCUUAUCCACUCUACGGGGUACCUGCAGCAGCGUUAUGGGGACAAUGGGCAUGUUUGGCGCCGCAGUUAUUAGCCCAACAGCAUCUGGCUGCGUCAGGGUCGGGACUUCAGUUACCACGGCCAGUGUAUCCAGGUGCUUUAGGGCCUGCAGGAGUAGGAGGAGCGCCAAUGUUGGCGCAACACCGGUUCUCACCGUACCCGCCGCGGCGAGCAUCGCCUGGUUCAUCACCGGACUCUCUUCGUGAUGCAUCCCCACAUCCCGCACCGCUGCCGCCGCAUACCCCUCACACUCCGCAUCCACCUCACAGCCCCACUUAG